AUGUGUGAUGGGUAUGAUGNUUUUUCUAAAAAUGGCAUUAUGUUUGAUGGGUAUGAUAAUUGGCGAAAUGUUCAAAAAUUUCUUGAAAAUCAUGCGAAAAAAGGAAAUCAUGUUUUGGCAAUUAGUAUGUACCUAAAUAGAACGAAACUAUCAGAUAGAAUAGAUAGUGAAUUUGAAAAACAGUUAACUGAAACACGUGACUAUUGGAAAAACGUAUUAAGGCGCAUAAUUGAAACAAUAUUAUUUUUAUCGAGACGUGGUUUACCAUUUCGAGGUUCAAACGAACACUUCGGGUCAAAUCGUAAUGGAAAUUAUCUUGGAAUAUUGGAGCUUCUUUCAAAAUUUGACCCAUUUUUAGCCCAACAUAUUGCAGUACACAGAAAUCGAGGGAAAGGACACACAUCUUAUUUGUCCAAAACUAUUUGUAACGAAUUUAUUGCACUUAUUGCAAAAAAAACUCGUACAAUGAUUAUAGAUCAAUUGAAAAAAGCCGGUUAUUUUUCAAUAAGCGUUGAUUCUACUCCUGAUAUUACCCAUAUGGAUCAAUUAACUGUUAUUUUGAGAUACGUAAAUAAUGAUGGACCAGUAGAACGUUUCAUUACUUUUAUUCAUAUUACAAGUCAUACUGGUGCAAAUCUUGCUUUGUGUUUACUUAACUUUUUGAAAGAAAAUUAUAUUGACAUAGAAAACUGUCGUGGGCAGAGCUAUGACAACGCUAGCAACAUGAGCGAGACUUAUACUGGUAUGCAAGCAGAAAUAAAAAAGUGCAAUUCAUUUAUUGAUUAUAUUCCGUGUAUUGCACUUUCGCUGAAUCUCGUUGGACAAUUUGCUGUAGAUUGUUGUAUUGAAGCAGUUUCAUUUUUCGGUUUUGUCCAAGAAGUUUACAAUUUUUUUCCGCCUCUACCCAACGCUGGGAUAUUUUAA